CUCAAGGAUCUCAUCUCACCUCACCAAAUGCAAGCCGCCCUCGCCAAACUCCCCAAACCUCUCGCCUCCGUCCUCUUCCACCUCCGCCCAUCAACCACCUCCGCCGCCACCGCCACCGCCACCGCCGUCGAUCCCUCCCACCUCCUCCGCGUCUCCACCAUCCUCUACCAGCAGCAGGACUCCUCCGAUUCCCGCCUCCACGCCGCCCUCCGCUCCUGCCCCUGCCGCCUCACCCCGGAGUUCUUCCUCCGCGUCUGCAACAACUUCCCCCUCUCAUGGCGCCCCGUCCACCGAUUCUACCAGUUCACCCUAACCCUCCCCGACUUCCCCCACUCCUCCCUCACCCUCAACAAGCUGGCCGACGUCGUCAGCAAGUCCCGGAACGUCGCCCUCUUCUGGGAGGUCCUCCAGGACAUGGCCCGGCGGCGUCUGGCCAACGAGAAGACGUUCAGGAUCGCUCUGAAGACGCUGGCUCAGGUCAGGGAGCUGAAGAAGUGCGUGGGGUUCUUCCACUUGAUGAAUGAGAAUGGUUGGGGUUAUCGUGUGGAGACUCUGAACAUGGUGGUGGAGUGUCUGUGCAGGGACAGGCUGGUGGAGGAGGCUAAAUAUGUGGUCUUUCAGUUAAAGGACGUGGUUAGGCCUGAUGGGGUUACUUACGGGUGGUUGAUCAGAGGGUUUUGCGACGUGGAUGACCUGAUCGAGGCCUCCAAAGUUUGGAACUUGAUGGUGGAUGAAGGGCUCGAGCCGGAGGUUUGGGCGUUCGAGGCCAUGAUGGAGAGAUUCUUCAAGAGUAACCGGUAUGAUGAGGCGAUGAAGAUCUUUGGAAUGAUGAGGAUGAGGAUGCUGGAUCGGUUGGGUGUUUCCACCUACAGGCUUGUGAUCUCUUGGAUGUGUGAGAGAGGCAGGGUGACUGAAGCUUAUAUGGUGUUUGAAGAAAUGCUUAAGAGAGGGUUCGAGACAGAUACUUCGACGGUGGGAUCACUUGUUUACGCGCUGUUGGUACGAGGCAGGGUGGGAGAGGCUUAUAAGAUUGUAGAAGGGAUUGAGAGGCCGGACAUUCACGUGUACCAUGGAUUGAUCAAGGGGCUAUUGAAAUUGAAAAGGGCGAGUGAGGCGACCGAUGUUUUCAGAGAGAUGAUAAGGAGAGGGUGCGAGCCCAUAAUGCACACGUAUAUCAUGUUAUUGCAAGGGCAUUUGGGGAAGCAGGGGAGGAAAGGACCUGAUACGCUUGCAAAUUUCGACUCCAUUUUCGUGGGGGGAUUAGUGAAAGCGGGAAAGUCAUUGGAAGCAACCAAGUACGUCGAGCGGACGCUGAAUAGAGGACUUGAGGUGCCUCGAUUUGAUUACAAUAGGUUCUUGCAUUACUAUUCAAGUGAGGAUGGCAUACUCAUGUUUGAGGAAGCGAGCAAGAGACUGAGAGAGGCGGGCAUGAUUGAUUUGGCUGAUAUACUCGAGAGGUAUGGCGAGAAAAUGGCGACUCGAGAGAGGAGGAGAAACAGAGCAGCCGAAUCAUGUGAAGAGCUUAAUGAGGGUGAGUAGGUGGAAAGGUUCUUCUUUCACAGGAUCUUCUCAAUGAGCGGCUGAUUAACAAAAGGGAUAUUCAUUUUCAGAGCAUGUUAUGGGACGAGAGGGUUUCAGAAUGUACAUAUCAGAUAGAGAAGAAGUCUGGUGUGGGCUGGACUAAUUUGCUUGCAAUUGUUAAACUUUGUGCACGCAUAUGCCUAUACAUGCACUCCAGGGGAUAGAUAAACGGGAGAAGCUCCUGAAGCCCUUUCUGUGCUUAAUGGGAAUACAUGCAAUCCAUUAAACAAGUUGAGUCAGCUCAGUCAGUGACACGGUUUUCAGGUUCUGUUUUAGCGAUCAAGAAGUGAACCAGCACGAAGCGUGAAACGUUGUGUUAAAAGUAGAGAUUGAUGUUUUCCUGACCUACGUGGAGGAGAUGACAAGCAUAAAAUUGAGAUCACUGAUGUAAAAACUCUUUAAGCAGAAAGACAAGCUGGACAGAACUCACAUGUUGAAGUGUGUUGUCAUUGUCAUCGUUUCCUUGGUAGGCUAUUGAUCGAGCGAUUAAUCUGCUGUGAAAGCUCUUACUCCAGUUUAUCUGUACCUCAACUGAAUGGAGUUAGACCAGCCAAGAUAUUGGAAACAACCAAUGCCAUUCAAAGCUAAUUCUAUGCAAGUUCCUCUGGCAUGUGGGCGUCGCAAAAUAUCUGAUCCCUCUAUUUUCUGCUUGAAUCUUCCGUUCUGCUAAAACAAACCCCUUGCAGUUGCAUGUACUCAGCUGGAAGGUGCAGUCCAAGUGGGAGGACGGCCACUUGAGGUCACUGGAGGCAUAGCACGGAUGUUGAUGUCGAGGGGUAGGGUUUUUAGAUGAUUGAUGCAUGUAUAACUUCGAUAAUUUUCGCGGUGAACCGAGUGAAAAUAUGAAGCUAAAAUUUCUUUC